AUGGCCCUCAAGGAGAGCAGCCGCGACGUGUUCUAUGCUCUGCUGCAGGGGCCUGACCUGGAGGCGCUGCUGAGGGUGGUGUACACGCCCACGAUCGGGGAGGCUUGUCUGCGUUUUGGGUCGCUCAUCCCUCGUCCGAGCUGCCUGUAUGUCAGUGCUGCCAUGGCGGGCAGCGUGGCGGAGGCUGUGGCCAACUGGCCCCAGCAGGGCGUGCGGCUCGCGGUCGUUACCGACGGUGAGCGCAUCCUGGGCCUGGGUGACCUGGGCUGCCACGGCGCAGGCAUCCCAAUCGGCAAGUGCAUUGUGUACGCGGCAGCGGGGCUGCCGCCGGACUGGCUGCUGCCCAUCGUGGUGGACGUUGGCACAGAGAACGCGGGGCUGAGGGAGGGCGACCCCCUGUACGUGGGGCUGCCCCAGCGGCGCCUGCGGGGUGACGCCUACUACUCACUUAUGGAGGCGUUCUCCAUGCUGCAGCGGCUGCGCGCCAGCGGCACGCCCACAUUCAACGACGACAUUGAGUGCACCGCCGGGGUCACCGUGGCGGCGCUGCUGGGGGCGCUGCGGGUGCAGGGCGUGCUGCCGCUUGAGCAGCAGCGCUUCCUCUUCUUUGGAGCGGGGCAGGCGAGCCUGGGCACUGCGCGGCUGAUCGUGCGGCUUAUGCAGCGGCGCGGCGUGCCUGAAUCCGUGGCGCGGUCUGCGAUCUGGAUGAUCGACAGCCGCGGCCUCAUCACCACCGCACGCAAGGGGUUAACGCCGGAAAAGGCAGAGUUUGCGCAGGACCCUACAGGGCAGCUGCCCCCGGACCUGGCCCAAGCCAGCGCCGGCGAAGGCACCCCCAUCGCCGCCCGCGGCGGCCGGUCCCAGGCGCAGGUCGCGGCGGCGCUGCUGCAGCGCGCCAUCGCGGCGCUGCGGCCGACGGCGCUGGUGGGGGCCGCGACAGUGGGGGGAGCCUUUGACAGGGGCGUGCUUGAGGCGCUUGUUCAGUCUGCCGCCGCAGAGGCCGGCCCCGACGCCCGGCCGCUGUGCUUCGCGCUGAGCAACCCGACGGAGAAGGCCGAGGUGCGGUUCGGCGACGCCUGGGAGUGGAGCGGCGGGCGCGUCGUGUACGCGUCGGGGACGGCCUUCCCCGGCCUGGCCGUGGCGAGUGACGGCUCCGCAGUGCCCCUGGAGGCGCCGCCCAACCCCUGGGCUUCGCAGGCAACCAGCGCCGGCGGCGUCGAGCCCGGCGGCAGCCGGGGCGCCGGGGCGGGCGCGCGGGUGCUGCGGCCCGCGCAGUGCAACAACAGCCACGUGUUCCCCGGGCUGGCCCUCGGCUGCAUCGCCACGGGCGCGUCCGCUGUGAACGACGACAUGCUGCUGGCGGCGGCAGGGGCGAUCGCAGGCAUGGUCACUCCGGGGGAGCUGGCGUCAGAGUGUGUGUUACCGAGCAUGGCGCGGCUGCGGGAGACGACGGCGGCGGUGGCGGCGGCGGUGGCCGCGGUGGCGUUUGGGGACGAGCUGGGCACUGUCACUGUUGAUUCGGCCCGGUGCGCUUGA